AUUCGUCCAAUUUCGCAAUCUGCAUCCUGCUCCUCCUGCCCAGACCCGUUUCUCCAUCCGUCCCGCGCGAGGCUCGCAACCAGCAGCAGCAGCAGUGGAAAGAAGAGCAAAGGGAACGGGUCAGAGAGCUGUGGAUCGAGGAGGGUUGGGAAGUGGUGGACCUUUGGAGGGGAAUGGGUAGCAGGGUUACGUGGGGGUGGAAGGAUGGGAUGGAGCUGCGUUCGGAUAUGGAUCGAGAUGCGCGAAAUGGGGUUGAUUGGGCCGAAGAGGUGGAGGAGGAGGAUGGGGAGGAGGAGGAGGAGGAGGAGGAAGAGGAGGAGGAUGGUUUUUCUCGCAUACACGAAGCUCUGCAAGCUCAUUUGUGGCCGAGCAUGAUCCGUCUGGAUCAGCGGGUGCUUACGAAUGCGAGUGCGGGUGCGGGUGCGGGUGCGCGUGCGGGUGCGCGUGCGGGUGCGCGUGCGGGUGCGCGUGCGCGUGAAAGUCGCACGGACCGAAGCGAAGCUGUUCGCCGAACCGACGGCGCUCUCGCAGCUACUUCGUCGGCACAGAUGCGGGAGAAAGACGAACAGCUUGCUCGAGCUUUUUUGGCUCGGAUCGAGCGGCGCGAAGCGCAACUGCCUGUGGGACAGGAGCAGGAGCUGCAGGAGCUGCAGGAGGUGGAGAAGGAGCAGCAGCGAGGAUCGCAUUCGUCGUCUUUCGAUAUGGACGAAUUGGAACAGUUUCUGCGAGAGACGGAUCCGGAUUGGCCUGCUGAGGGGUCCGCGCUCGCGCUGCUGGAUUCUGCUGCUGCUGCUGCUCGUCAUGAGCAGCAUGACGAUGAGGAAGAAGAAGCACUCGGGGCAGACGUCGGCACGAGCACGAGCACGAGCACGAGCGACGAGAAAGCAGCAGCAGCAGCAACAGCAGCGCUUCCACCAUCCUUUCUCCCUUUCACACCCCGCCCAUCCUCAUCCACAUUCGACGACGAUUUUGACGAUUUUGUGAGCGGCGGCGGCGGCGGCGAUGUUCGACCUUUGGAGGUAGCGGCGCGCUCGGGCUUGGCGCAAGCGUCCAAUCCGAGCGUAAAAGCGAGCACCAACGCGCGGCGCGCUUUUCCAUCCUUCCACGACGACCACGACCACGACGACGACGACGCCGACUUUGUCCCGCUCGACGCUGCUGCUGCUUCGGAUGCGAGCGCAUCCACGCGCGCUGCGCAAACGCUGCAAGAUUUCGACCAGGCGGUGCGAUGGUUGCGCGAAGAGAGCGAGCGGGUGAGGAGGGGUGUGGGGGAUGAUGAGAGGAGAAAGAGAGAGGCUGAGAGGCUUGCGCUCAGAGCGAUGCAGGUCUUUUUUGAGCAUUGAAAUACACUGCUGGCUUGCGGGUGGAGAGUUUCGCGAGUUGGCAAAAGUUCGCAAAGGAUGGCGCUGCGCGCGCGCGCGCCGGGGGGGG